UCUCGCUCCACCCGCUGUGGCGCUCGCUCGCUCCGCGACGCGCCGAAAGGGGGAAAAACAGCCGUUACUACCGCACCACUCGCCACUGGGCUGGCUGUGCGCGCGGCUACUCCCUCUCGCGUUUGCCCAACCCCCACCUCACGCCACGCUCUCUCUGGGCAGCGCGCGCCCCCGGAAACGGACGCCGACGCGCGGCAGCCCUCCCCCCUCGCCGCCUUCCGGAGCCUUCCGCGCCUUCCGUUACUACUCGGCGAGGCAGUCAUAAGGGGGGGCGGGGGGAGGCGCCCCGCCGAACCCUAAAUCGCUCCCCCCCGCAUUCCCCCCCCCCCCCCCCCCCGCUCGGCCGGCGGCGCGCGCGGGUAAGGUUGCAGCUGCGCGCGGCCGGGAUCCGGCGCCAGCGGCAGCGUGCGGGGUUCGGCGGCUAGCGGGUCGAGAGGCGGCCCGUGCUCGCGCGGGGGGGAUGGAGGUGUCGGCGGCGGUGGCGCUGGUGGUCGCCGUCGCGCUCAUGGCGCUGGGCAUGGCGGCGAGCGGCUGGCUGCAGCGCGCGGAGGCGCGGCGGGAGGAGGUGCGCCGCCUCGCGUGGCAGGCGGCGGAGGAGGUCGAGAUCGCCGAGAGGGAGGAGGCCUACUGCUACGGCCAGUACGGCGGCGUGUUCGUGCGCGCGUCCGACGUCCCCGAGGCGCCCCCGCUGUGGGCGGCGCCGGAGGCGGCCCCCGCGCCGAAGGAGGCGGAGGAUGAGGUGGCGGUGCCUGCUGCUGCUGCUGCGGCGGCGGCGGCCUCCCCUCCGGCGGGGAAGGGCGUCUGCGCGAUGUGCGCCAGGCCGACGACGUUCCGGUGCAAGCGAUGCAAGAGCGUCAACUACUGCACCUUCAAAUGCCAAAUAGAUCACUGGAGAAAAGGACACAGAGAUGAAUGCCAUCCACCAGGUCUUGGUGCCACACGAGAUGGUACACCAGAGAAUGUGGUGGCUCGAGUAGAGCUCAAGGAUAUGCCCUCUGAUAAGCCAUCGAAUACAGCAGAGGCCUCUGCGGAACAUUCUCAGUUUACUGGGAAGGCAGAAUCUGUUGAUUGCUCAAGGCUUACGACUACAAGUAAAGCUAGCAAAGUUAAUGACACUGCUGUUCAUGAAAAAAAUUAUCUCACUACUCAUGACCAGCAUACUGAGUUGGAGAGAGAAUUGGAGCAAUCCAACAAGCAAGCUCCUGGAACAGAUAACCAUGAAAGCUCUAGAAACUUGCCAUGCAUUUCAGCUGUUGACAAAGUUUCUUCCACUCACAGUAGUGAAGAUGGUUUAUCAUGCAACCCAUCUAAAAGGGGAGAUAACUCGCCUGGUUUAUGUGCAAGGCCAGAUAUUACAGGAGUGGUGCCAAAUAAUCCAUCAAUAGAAAAGAAAUAUGCCAGACAACAAACAACUUCAAAAGUUGUGAGGCAUUAUCCAACAGAAUUGGCACUUUUUCCAUACAAACACUUCAUCGAGCUCUACAACUUCGAGAAGUUGGAACUGCAUCCUUUUGGUCUAUGCAACCUUGGCAAUAGCUGCUAUGCAAAUGCUGUUCUUCAGUGUUUGGCAUUUACCCGACCACUUACAGCCUAUCUUUUGGAAGGAUAUCAUUCACGAAAUUGUUCCAAAAAGGAAUGGUGCUUCAUGUGUGAGUUGGAAAAGGUCCUGACAGAGGGCAAGCGUGGAAAUGCUCCAGUAUCACCUACUGGAAUACUAUCUCAUCUGAAUGAGAUUGGGACUAGCUUUGGCCAGGGUAGAGAAGAAGAUGCUCACGAAUUUCUAAGGUAUGCAAUUGAUACUAUGCAAUCUGCUAGCAUGAAGGAAGCAAAGAAAAAUGGUGUCCAUAAGCUAGCUGAAGAAUCAACUCUGGUACAGUUAAUAUUUGGGGGCUAUCUACAAUCUAAGAUAAUAUGCGCAAAGUGCCAGGUCAGUUCAGCACAGUCUGAACGUAUUUUGGAUUUAACUGUUGAAAUAGAUGGGGAUGUCAAUACCCUUGAAGGUGCACUUCGUCGGUUCACAUCUUCAGAAGUUUUAGAUGGUGAUAAUAGAUACCAUUGUAGCAGAUGCAUGUCUUAUGAGCGUGCCAAAAAGAAGUUGACAAUAUCAGAGGCGCCAAAUAUUCUGACAAUCGCACUGAAAAGAUAUCAGUCUGGUGUUUUUGGUAAGAUCAGCAAGGAUGUCAAGUUCCCAGAGCACUUGAAUUUGUCCCAAUUCAUGUGCAAAACAGAUGAUUAUAGCCCUGUGUACAGCUUGUAUGCUGUGGUUGUCCAUCAUGAUGUCAUGAAUACAACCAUCUCUGGUCAUUAUGUAUGUUAUGUGAAGGAUCCUCAGGGGAAGUGGCACGAGAUGGACGAUAGCAAGGUGAAACCUGUUUCUCUCAAAAAGGUCCUGUCAAAAUGUGCAUACAUGCUGCUUUAUGCAAGGUGUUCACCGCGUGUCCCAGAGUCUGUUAGGAAAGCAAUGUUUAAACAAGAUGCAUCGCAUGCUAAGAAACCCAAGCAGAUGGCAGAUUCAGGAUCCACUCCUUUGGGAGGCAGUUACUUGAGCAUGCACCAAGGUGGAGAGUUGUGCAAGGAUCAUGCAGUGCACAACCACACAUACACAUUGGAAGCAUCCGACGCAUGGUCGUACCAGGUACCAGGCUUUAGUCGAAGCGACAGCUCCUCACUGUUCAGCAACUCUGAUGCAGGGUCAAGCAGCACUCUCAGCAGCAAUAGCACUAACAGCAGCAGGAACUUGGCUAGCAUGGAGUAUGACUACAUAUUUGGAACCUCGGAUCAUAUGCACCCAGUGAGCUCAUCAGUCAUACCUGAGGAAGACGAGCUGAGCUACUUGCGGCAAAGGUCUAGCUGCAACCCUAGCUCCUCAGGCCAUGACAUGGAUCCGGCAGGUGAGUUUGCGCGACAGAACCAACACAGGCUUCAGGUUGGCAGAGGGGUUUUGGAAGAUGGUGGGGAGAACCCAUCCUUCUACACUGACCAAGGUAAACAACACGGUAGCAGUAGUAGUCGAAAUCGUAGUUUUGGUAGAAGCUGUAAGUUAACAGAACAGCGUAGGUAUACAGGGGCGGCCUUUUCCUUAGAAGGUCAACUAGGGAGAGGAUUUUCCAGGCAUUUUACUGGCAGGGGGGGCUUGGGUUUGUAGAGAAAUAUUAAUUAUUCUUUCAUGUAUAUGAUUACACCAUUGCAAUUAAAAAAGGGGGUGGGGUGGUUCAUAAAA